AUGAAACAAAAAGAAAUUCUUCAGCGUUAUUAUCAAUUGCCUGAUGCUCUAAUGCUAACAUUUACUCCAAUAACAUUUAAUUUAUUUGAUCGUAUAAUGGCUCAAUUAGAAAAACUUUCUCCACUUGCUUUUCGUUUAGUUUAUAAGCCCGAAGCUAUUCCAGCAAACAUUGAAGAACAAUUAAAUACAUCUACAAUUAGUAUGCAGUCAACUAAAAAUAGUGCACGAGAUUGGGUUAUGACUGUGUCAAGACGUGCAUCAAGAAAUUUGACACAACCAAUUGUUCAACCCGAUAAUAUCACUACUGCUACUGCUGCUACUACAAACACAACUGCUGAACCAACUGGUACAUUACGUUCGACAUUAUCGCGUAAAAUAAAUUCUUUAUUUACAAAAACAAAUCCAACACAACCACAACGAAAAACGUCUUCUGCAGUUACUGCAAAAUUACCAACUUCUAAACCACAGACAGUAAGAACACAGUCGCCAGCAGCAGCCGCAGCAGCACCUCCAGUACGUCGACAACGUCCAUCAAAUGCAUUUGUGAAUGCAACCGCUGCAGCAACAACAAAUAAACCAGUCAUUGUUUCGAGUCCAAAAUUAAGUAAUGGAAAUCGAACAGGUUCAAUAAGACGAGGUAUUUCACCAUCUGUUGUUAUUGCACCAUCACCACCACCGACAUUAAAUACUACUGGAACAACACCAACAACUACGACAGCAUUCCAAUCGAAAAUUCCACGUCCAUCCUUAAAUGUUGAUAAACCGAAAUCGGCCCGGUAUCGAUCUACGGCACCUCCGCCCAAAUAA